AUGCAGGACGUGAGUUGUAGUUAUGAUCCGCAAUACUCAGUGUGUAGUUGUUUCUUGAAUGGAGCUAUUCUUUGGAUAUCGAAACCCGGGAUAAUUGUCACUUUUGAUUUAUCAAAGGAGGUAUUUAGUGAGAUGUCCCUAGAUGGUAUUCAUGGCGGAACAGAUUUGAUGAUUUACAGAUUGGGUGUUUUUGAAGAAUGCUUGUAUGUAGUGUCUUUCUCAUAUGGUGCUAAUGGACGUUUGGUUGAGGUGUGGUUGAUGAAGGAAUAUGGGGUGAAGGCAUUUUGGAGCAAGUUUAUCACCAUCCCAUGUGACGUGGGCAUUGACUUCACACCGUUAUCAUAUUUGUAUGUGGAGAGUCUGGUUGACCCCAAUAGCAGUGAUGGGAAUGAAAAAGCGCAUGGGCUAAAAGCACUUCUCUACAAUAACUUCAUGAAUGCACUUAUGCUGUGGAUACUAUCAUUGCAUAAUUUGCGGUCAUCAUCAUUUUUGGGGAAUAAUAUUAUUAAACUCACCUCUGCCAAGUGCAUUGAGAGGGAGAGGGAAGCACUUAUCAACUUCAAGCAUGGUCUCAAAGAUCCUUCGGGUAGACUUUCUUCUUGGGGGGGUGAUGAUUGCUGCCAAUGGAGAGGCGUCAGAUGCAACAACAUAUUGGGACAUGUCGUCAAGCUCGACCUCAGAAACCCGAUUCCGGUAUCCAGCGUUGUGGAUUAUUCUUUAAUGGAGUUCGAUGAAAAGAUGGCCUAUGUAUCACAUUACCGAAGGUCGUGUUUGGGAGGUAAGAUACAUUCUUCUUUGCUUCAGUUGAAAUAUUUGAAUUAUAUGGACCUGAGUUUCAAUUAUUUUGGAGGAAUUCGAAUUCCUAAAUUCUUGGGUAUGUUUGAGAACUUGAGAUUUCUCAAUCUCUCUUCUUCAUUGUUUUAUGGAGAGAUUCCACCACAUCUUGGAAACCUUUCCAGCUUGGAUUAUCUUCAUCUUGGUACAACUUAUCCGGAGAGGUGUUACUUAGUUGACGUUGAUGACCCAACUGCCACAUUGGAUCUACGCACUGAAAAUUUGGAAUGGCUCUCAGGUCUCUCUUCUUUGAAAUACCUUAAUAUGGAAAACUUGGAAGUUAGUGACACUAAUUGGCUACAAUCAGUUAAUAUGCUUCCUAACCUCGUCGAGUUACACUUUCCUGGGUGUUCUCUAACGAGCCUUCCACUCUCGCUUCCAUUUGUUGUUAACUUGACAUUGCUUUCAGUCUUUGAUCUCUCUUCAAAUGGGCUUAACUCCUCAAUACCAAAUUGGCUCUCCAAUCUCACAAGCCUCACCAAACUUGAUCUCAGUAGCAAUAUCUUCAGUGGGUCUCUUCCGAGUGAAUUCUCUAUCAACUUGAAGUCUUUGGAAGCCCUUGAUUUGUCUUAUAAUUGGUUUGAAGGUGAAUUACCAAUAUUUUGGGGGAAUCUUUGCAAGUUAAAAUUUUUAGACCUUUCUGCAAACAAUUUCAAUAGUGAGGUGGUUGAGUUUUUUGGUGCAUUCUCGGGUUGUCCAACUAAUUGCCUAGUGUCACUAAAGUUAGUGUUGAAUUCUCUUCAAGGGGAAUUGCCCGAUUCAAUAGGAAUACUUAAGAACCUUCAGCAUCUAGACCUCUCUGACAACUCAUUCUGGGGUUCAAUUCCAAAAUCAUUUGGAAAUUUGUCAAACUUGCAAGAAUUGGACAUCUCCAACAAUAACAUGAAUGGAGCAAUUCCAGAAAGUUUUGGACGACUCUCAAACCUCAUACGACUAAAUCUCGAUAAUAAUUCAUGGGAAGGUGUUGUAACAGAAGUCCACUUGAUGAAUCUCAUAAGUUUGGAAUUUUUAUCAAUUAUAAAAGCAGACAAAAACAGGUCCUUGGUUUUCAAUGUGGCAUACGAAUGGCUACCCCCUUUCAAGCUCAGGUAUCUUGAACUAGAAAAUUGUCUAGUGGGCCCCAAAUUUCCAGUGUGGCUUCAAGUUCAAAAUGAACUCACUUUUGUGUCCCUUCAGAAUUCUGGAAUUGUAGACACCAUAGCCGAGGAAUGGUUUUCUAGGAUAUCUUCUCGACUCACCUAUUUGGAUCUGUCUAACAACCGGAUCAAAGGGAAUCUACCAAACCAUUUAGAAUAUCCAAAAGUUGAUUAUAUCAACUUGAGUAAUAACCAGUUCGAGGGCAGCCUUCCAUUGUGGUCCAGUAAUGCAUCUGGGCUGCUUCUUAAUAACAACUCCUUUUGGGGACCGAUUCCAUCAAAUAUUGGUGAACUAAUGCCACAAUUGAAAGUUUUGUAUUUGUUUGAGAAUCGACUCAGUGGUACAAUUCCAACAUCAAUUUGCAAGAUGCAAAAGUUGAUAUCACUUGUCCUUAGGACCAAUCAAUUAUCGGGGGAGCUCCCUCAGUGUUGGAAUGUAUCAUCGGCGUUUUUGUAUAUGGAUAUGGCAAACAAUAACCUUUCAGGCGAAAUUCCGAGCUCAUUGGGUUCCUUGAGUUCUCUUCGGAAAUUAAUGCUGGGCUACAAUAACCUACAUGGGAAAAUUCCUCCAUCCUUGCAGAACUGUUCGCUUGUGAUUAUUGAUAUUGGGGGAAACAAUUUAUCAGGAAAUUUGUCUUUGUGGAUGGUAGAAAAUGUCCCUGCAUUACAAAUUCUACGCCUGCGAUCUAAUUUGUUCAGUGGAGACAUCUCUCAACAAUGGUGCAAACUUACUGAUCUUCACAUCCUAGAUCUUGCAGACAACAACAUUUCUGGAGUUAUUCCUAGCUGUUUUGGAAAUUUAACAGCUCUAGCUUAUGGUAGUAGCAGAGAAUUCUUUAUCGGUGUGGAGCAAAUAACUCUAAUGUUAAAAGGAAGAAAGUAUGAAUAUGGCAAAAUUAUGAACUAUGUCAACAGCAUUGAUCUUUCAUCAAAUAGCCUGAUUGGUGAAAUUCCUGAGGAGAUAACAAGCCUUGUCACACUUGUACCUUAA